UUCAAGAAUGGCAUCUCUUAUACCAGGAGUAUUACUUAAACUUCUGCAGAGUAUGAACUCAAAUGUGAAGGUCAGAGGAGAAUAUCGAUCAGUGCUAUUACAAGUAAUCAGCAUUGUACCUGCCUUGAGUGGCUCAGAACUGUGGCCUAAUCAAGGCUUCUUUCUAAAAGUUUCAGAUUCUUCACAUUCAACUUACGUUUCAUUGUCCAAGCAAGAUAAUGAGUUGAUCUUGAACAACAACUUACAGCUUGGCCAAUUCUUCUAUGUUGAUAAAAUGGAAGCUGGAACUCCUGUUCCCGUUCUUGUUGGGAUCCGACCGGUUCCUGGACGACAACCUUUCGUUGGAACUCCGAAGGAUCUUAUGCAAAUGCUAGAGCCAUCAAAGAGUCCAAUGCAGGCUAAUCAGAAAGCAAAAAGUGGAGCUAAAUCAAAGUCGAUAUCAGAAACAAAAAAUGAUGGAAUGAGACAUAAAAUCAUCAUCAAAGAGGAAAAGGCGAAUGUUUCAUCACGAUACAUGCAGGGCGUGUUGUCGUUGAAUGCUAGAAGUGGUAGAUUUGAUUCAAAUGGUGGUGGAAGGAGGCAUGAAAAUGAGGAUGGUGAAGCAGGUAAGGAUUGUUCAAAGACAGAAGCGCUUCAGUUCAGUGUCAAGGAGGCUUCUGCAACAUCUAAAAGCAUCCCUGCAAAAGGCACUUCAAAUAAGCAGGAAAAUUUGAAUGUGAACUGUUUACCUAAGAGAAAAGAUCAAGUUCAUUCAUCAGAGACAGUUUCAUGGGCCUCCUUGCCUACUAAUCUUUUAAAGACUGGAAAAGGCAUGCUUAGGAGGAAAAAUAUAGCUUCCAUGGUAGCAAUAGAAGCUCAAAAAGAGGCAACUGCUGCAGCAUCUAUGGUCAAGUGUCUCAGUGUGUUUGCUGAUCUGUUCUCAUCAGCCUCACCUGAGAAUCCCCAACUCCCUCUCGCCAAGUUCUUCACACUUCAGGAGUUAAUCUCCCAAACAAAUUCCAAAAAUUCAGCUAAGGAUAAGUCACUUCAUUUGACUGCAAACUCAUCUCUGCCAGAAGCAGAUAAAUCUACAAAGAUUACAUCUUUAUUUCAUUCUAAGAGUGCUUCAUCAAAGCCAGCAAAGGCAGCUAUUGAACUAAAAGAAAGUGAAAAACAAGAAUGGGCAAGAGGAGAUGGUGCAAAGGAGAUCAAAUUACUGCGAGAUGUCUUGAUAAAGGAAUCAACAUCAUGGUUUUUGAAUUUCUUGGAGGAAGCUUUGAAUGUUGGGUUUCAUAUACAAAACCAGGACAGCAAAGGCUGGAACAAUGCAAGGCGACAAACGGUGGUGGACAACGAUAUUGCUGUUGCAUUAUCACAGCUCAAGCAAGUCAAUGAAUGGUUGGAGAAGUUAAAAGGAAACUUGAGUUCAACAGACAGUGGCUUAAGGGAGACCAUUGAGAGAUUAAAGCAGGGAGUUUAUUGUUGUUUGCUUGUACAUGCCAAGUCUGCUGCAUCAGCUCUUGAGAGCAGACCCGACCAUCGUUGAUCUAGAACAACAAAUCUGAACUUUGUAAAUUUUAUGAUAACGAAAAUUAUGCAUUUGAAGUGACUUAAUCACCUAAUUUCGGGAGUUA